AUGGAUACUGCUAUCGAGAAAGAUCCUAAUCCUAACAUGAUCGUCGCCAUGAGAGUACGGCCAGACAACGACAAAGAGAAGUACUGCUCCAAAUCCAGGACGGUGGUGCGCGUGCUCGAUGAGCGCGUAGUCAUCUUCGAUCCCGCCGACACGAGCACAGCCCACAGUAAAGGCGUACCCGACCAUUUCCGGCGAUCGCGCGAUCAACGCUACAUUUUUGACCGCGUAUUCGAUCAGUACAGCUCGCAGGCUGAAGUCUACGAACAUACCGCCAAGCAUUUGAUAGAUGGCGUCAUGACCGGUUUCAACGCCACGGUCUUCGCCUACGGAGCGACUGGAUCUGGUAAAACGCACACCAUGAUCGGCAACACCAGCAUGCCCGGCGUUAUGCCGCAGGCGCUGCAGGAUCUCUUCGCUCGCAUCGAGGAACGACGAGACGAAACCAUCUUCACCAUCUUCAUCUCCUACCUCGAGAUCUACAACGAACAGAUUCGCGAUCUGCUCGUCGAGGGCGCGACCUCUCUCGAGCUGCGCGUCAGCUCCAACGACACAGCGGUCGUGGCCGGCCUCUCGCAACACAAAGUCGACAGCGCCGACGAGAUCAUGGACCUGCUGUUGUGCGGCAACACAAGACGCGCCGUUUCUCCGACGGACGCCAACGAAGUGUCCUCGCGCUCGCAUGCUGUGCUUCAGGUCGCCGUUCAGCAGAAAGACCGCACUGCCGACGUUCGUGCCGCGGUGAAGAUGGGCAAGCUGGCCUUGAUCGAUUUGGCGGGGUCUGAGCGCGCGUGCGUAUCCAACAACUGUGGUGCGCGGCUCAAGGAAGGCGCCAACAUCAACAAGUCGCUGCUGGCUUUGGGCAACUGCAUCAAUGCUCUGGGCGAGGGAGCGAAGAAGGGCGGCAAGGUGCACGUCCCGUACCGCAACAGCAAGUUGACGCGCCUCCUCAAGGACUCUCUGGGCGGCAACUGUCGAACGGUGAUGAUUGCCACUGUGAGCCCCUCCUCACUCAGCUACGAGGACUCGCUCAACACGCUCAAGUACGCCAACAGAGCCAAGAACAUCCGAAUGCAAGUCAAGCGAAACGUGGUCAACAUCAACUACCACGUCGCCGAAUACAAGCAGAUCGUCGAGUCCCUGCGAGCUCAAGUGUCGGCGCUCAAGACCAAGGUCCAGCAGAUGGAGAGGGAAAAGCAGGAGCUUCUCGCCAACACACAAGCGAAGAACUCGGCUGCCGAAGAGAAAGAGCAGUCUGCGCUCGAGGUCAUCGUCGCCAAGAUCAGGGCCAAUCUGGAGGAGCGUGCCCGUUUCAAGCAGAACCUCAGAGAGCUGGAGGAGCGCGGCAAGAACGACACCCACCUCUCGCAAAAGAAGCUGAAGAGCAUUCACGACUGGGAAACGAACCCCAACAGAGGAACCACUGGUGUGUUCACGCCGCCUCAGAUCUCCAAGAUGAGGGAAGAAGUGCGCACCAUCCAGCACAACAAAACGAGCGCAGCGUCAUCAAGAAGAACGGCCAAUCUGGAGGAGCGUGCCCGUUUCAAGCAGAACCUCAGAGAGCUGGAGGAGCGCGGCAAGAACGACACCCACCUCUCGCAAAAGAAGCUGAAGAGCAUUCACGACUGGGAAACGAACCCCAACAGAGGAACCACUGGUGUGUUCACGCCGCCUCAGAUCUCCAAGAUGAGGGAAGAAGUGCGCACCAUCCAGCACAACAAAAACGAGCGCAGCGUCAUCAAGAAGAACGUCCAGAAGAAGCUCGACCUCAACAUCGCCGCCUACCAGCAGUUCCAGCUGGAGAUCGGCAAGGUCAUCACAUCGGCCCAUCGCCGCCAGCUGUUGGAGCAGGAGGAGAAGAUCCACCUGCUCCACAUGGAAAAGAAGGACGUUUCGGGCGAGAAGGAUCUCCUCCAGCGCGAGACCGAGCACCAGGCGGAGAAGAUCGCCCAGUUGGAGGCCUUGCUCAAGGAGCAGUCCCUCCUCCUCAAAGGACGGGGACUCAUGUCGGAACAGCUCUCGCGCCAGUACACCUCCACCACCGGCGAGAUCCUCUUCACUCCGCGAAGGCAGUCAUCUCCCGGAUCGGCCAGCAUGGCGCGAUACAGCCCCUUCACUCGCAACCGCACGCCGAUGUCGCUCCCUCGAACGCGCCCCAUCUUCGAUGAGGAAUCGGAGACCACCGACAUGUUCCUACGGGCAUCGCCGCGCGAUAGCGAGGAUUCGUCUGCGGGCGAUGACGUGCAGGGUGUUGUUCGCGGUCUCGCUCGGGUCCAGCUUUCGCAGCAGCAGCAGAAGGAGCCCCAGAGCGACGACCUCGAUGACCUCGAGCCCUUCGCCGAGCCCACCAAGGCCCAGCGACCUCAGCCGACCCACACUGCUGCUGGCGGUUCUGCUGCCCCGUUCGUUGCCAAGUCGCCGUUCCGCUCGCCCGCUCGUCGCCGUCCGCGUCGCCUGCGCUCGAUUCUGAAGAAGCCGGCCGACGACAACGGGUCAGCUGCGAAGAAGAUGGUUUCCUUCAGCGGAGUUCCUGACUCCAGCUCGCCUGUAGCAGGCCCUGUGCGAGUGCCUGUGCGAAUGCCUAAGUCGCCUGCACCGGACCGGGGCGCGGCUGCAGUACCGUUCUCGCCCCUUUCGGCGCCCGCCGAGCGCCAUCUGCAGCCCACCUUCAGCUUGAACACGAGCGUCGACGAGAGAUCAGCGGCGUGGGCUAAGAUUCGCACCGGCUUCAGAAGCCCCGAAGACGAGGCGAAAGAGGCCCACGUUCCCCCAGUCGUCACAGCCCAGUCGCUUCUCGACCGAGUCGGCUCGAGCGCCGCCACCAAGGUGCGCCGACCGCGGCCUGUGGGCGAGGGGCUGUCGCGCGUGAUGGCGCCCACCCAGGCCAGCCUCCAGCGAAGCAACAAGCGCAAGAGCCAGCAGGUGGACUCCAUCACCAUGUCCGCCCCGAGCGAGCACCGGCGACUCAGCAAAGAGCGGAAGACCGACAGCGCCAGCUCCACGAAGGAGAACACCGCGAACAACAGCCAACUCUCGGCCUCACGACUCGACAUAUCCGCGACCGCCGCCGCCCUCAAGAAGCCCAAGGCCUCUGCCCUCUCGAAGCCUCCCACUCGCGUUCCGCUCGUCUCGAGCUCCGAAGGCGUCAAGUCCGGCUGA